AUGUUGUGUAAAAAUUACACCGGUUCGGUUCUCAUCAAACAUGUAUUUGAAUCAUCAUCAAGAACGGCAUCAUCUUUUUCACCACUGCUCCACAAUAAUUCUUCUUCAUUUAAAUUCAAUUUUAGUUCUACGAAUCAAUAUUUCCAACAUUGUAAUUUAUCCUUUUCAUUCCGAAGGAGAAAACAAUCGUAUGAAGACGAUCUCACGAAAGAAAUUAAGCUCCGUGUAGCCUCUGAAUUUAUUUCAUCUCCCGAAGAUGCUAAACGGGCAUUUCGUAACUAUGCUCUUCAAAAGAACAAAUAUUAUGGACCUUCAUCGUGGUAUAGACCCAAAGAAGAUCCUAAACAAGUGUAUGUUCCACUAUGGAUCUUUCAAUACGGAGAUGCAAUUGCAUACAAAGUAAAACUUCGAGCUACGAUUGAUCCCAGAAAACAACGAGAGUUGCUGACACAAAUAUUUGGCGAGUUGGUGGAUGUGCCACUAGAAAAAGAUCCUCUUGUAUUGACACAAAAUCCAGAAGACUUUUCGCAAAGAGAUUUAAAAGAAAAACAACGAGCUCAAAAGAAAAUUUUAAAAGAAUUGAAAUUGGAUGAUGAAAACACACUUCAAGAAUUGGUUAAUGUAUUGAAAAAUGUUUUGAGCAACAAAUUUCAAAUUCAAAAACACAAUUUCACAGUGGAAAACAUGUCAUCCACUGAAAUUACAAUCACUUGUAUUAUUGAUCACAUCAAACUUGCUGAAUAUAAUCAAACAUCAUCAAAUAAUUUGUCAAGUGAUGACUCUUCAUCACAACCCGUGAUCGAUGACAUUACAUAUGUUUAUGCAUCCACUCAAUUUGAACGAAGAUACAUCAAAAGAAUUAUUGAAAGAAUUGAUAGAAAGUAUUUGACAGAUCCUUCAGUAAUUUCAAAAGUUAAUUACAAACUCAAAUGGUAUGAAAAUAUGUGGGACUCGGUUAAAUUGUUCUUCUCCAAAUCCGCGUUCAAACGAGAUUACGAAGUUGAUUAUUAUACCAUCGAUUGGGAGACAAGUUGGUCUCUUGCAUUAGAUAGCUAUAUUCCAGAUUCUAUGCAAAAGCAGCUAUAUCAAAUUAUCGAGAGAAAUAUUUCAACAUCCGAAGAGGCCAUUCUUUUCGAUUCACCAUCAUUAGUGAUUGGUGGCUUCGAUCUGGAGAAAACAGAUUUUAAAUUGCACAAAAAAGAUUUAAUUUACUUCCCAUUCUAUGUCAAGCAAGAUGUCCUUAAUUUUCCACAUUAUUUGAAAUGGUUAAGCCCAUUCCAUCUCAAACAAAAGGUGCAAAAGUAUGAACAUGGUGAAUAUACCUUCCACUCCUUUACUGAUGGUAUUACAUCGAGCUAUGUCACUGGAUAUGUACCUUACAGCUUUGCUAAAUUAUUCUCGUCAUACUUUGUGGGAACCUAUAUUGGGUGGCACUUGAUGUACCUUUUACUGCCGAUUACCAACUUUUCAAAUUUCCUAUUAUAUGGUUUAAUGUUCUCAACCAUUACAUCCGCAAGUGCCACCACUGAGCAAUAUUACAAACCAAUGCUUCAUAAGGAACAUCAUCGAAAGUUUGCAGUCAUGAUCCAUAACAAAUACAUUGCCAACAAGCCACUUCAAAGAAUAUAUGCAAAUGCAUGGAAGUGGUGUGCAAAUCCAUCCGAUGGAAACACUGCUCUUGGUAUCGAGAUUAGUAAAGGAUGUGACUUGUAUUCUCUAUUAGAGUUAGAUCCAAAAAAGUUUGGUCUUUACACACAAGAAGAAAUUAGAGUUCAAUACAAAAAGAUGGCAAUGAUUUAUCACCCAGAUCUAUUUGCAUCCAAGCAACAUGGAUUGAUAUCUGGAAGUGAAACCUCUGGAGAGGUUGAAAAAGAUAUUGAAAACAAUAUUAAACCUGAGCAAUUGGAUGCUCCCAAAAAGGAAGAAGAGGAAUGGACAAAGGAAGAAAUUCUUGAAAGAUUUAAACAAAUUAAUUAUGCAUUUUCAAUACUAGGAGAUCCGUACAAGAGAGAGCUUUAUCACAAAUAUGGAGCUGCUUACUUUAAGUUUAGCAUGUAA